AUGCUGAUAUUGCUGCCGUUGUUGGGUGUGUUUUUUAACGGUUUGACCACAGCGCAUGUAGAGGCGAAUUUAAGUUUGGAAUUUAAAGCCACAAAGCUUUUGAGGCAACACAAUCCGGCUAACUGUACAGUUGGCAAUACAACAUAUGCACAUGGACAGACAUUUAAAUUGGAUUGUAAAACACAAUGUGUCUGCGAGAAUGGACGUCAUGCCUGUUCGUCGCUGUGUCCGAAGGAGCAACUGCCGGCGCCGGAGGAUACGCUUUCAUGCAGAUCACCACGUCUGGUGGAGGUGCCGGGCCAUUGCUGUAAAAUGUGGCUGUGUGAGAAUCCCACAGCUGAUGUAUACGCCACCUGCCACAAUGCCUCUACAAGUCCAUGGACGCCUUGCUCACAACCCUGUGGCCUUGGCAUUUCGACGCGCUUCACCAGCACGAAUGCAGGCUGCCGGCAAUUGAGCAACUUGCGACUAUGUGAAAACCGCAAAUGUGAUCAAGACAAUAACAACAAUAAUAGUAAAAUAAACAAAAACUAUGCAAUACCCAUGGAAGAGUCACAGCUGGCGCAGAAAACCACAGCAAUUCAACAAAAGCAGGCGCACGAACAGCAACAACAGCAACAAAAACCACAAUUAAUUAGCCAUAAUGCGGCGGCAGCGGCGGCGAGCAAUUUAGUUGUAAGUGAGCCUAAGGAUAUUAAGGAUUCAACAAAUUACAAUGCAUUGUUCGAGCACGAGGAGCAUCGAAUACGCAAAGGACACGAAUGCCGCAAUUUGCAGCGCCUUGGGCCUGCACGCAUACGCCUGGGCGCCUGCAUUUCACGAAAGCUAUAUCGACCGAAAUUAUGUGGACUUUGUCAUCAGCAUUCGGGAAAAUGUUGUGUACCCUCGGUAUCUACAACCAUACAGGUUGAGUUGUUAUGCCCCUUGAAUGCCAAUGACCCCAUCAGCUUUGCCGAACAACAGCAAAAGCCGGAAGGACAGUCACCACUACAGCUAUGGGAUACAGUGUCGCUGGAGCCAAUCGAUCAGGAAUUCCUGCAAUCACAUCAAAUACAAAUUGAAAACAAAUUCAUUGCAGUUGAAUGGAUAUUGAAAUGCGAAUGUAACAAAAAGGAAAACUGCAACAACCUACACAAAUACAGCGCAACAAUGCAAAGCAACAGAGGCAGCAAUAAUAGCAGCAAUAGUUACAACAGCAAACUGGAAAACAACAACAACAACCAGGAUAGUAGUUGGCAUACAAGUGGCUAUGUAGAUGACCACAACAAUAAUAAAAAUGCGGCGACAAACAUUAUCAGCACCAUAACGCACAACUACAAUAAAAAUGCGUACAACAAUGCAAACAAUGCGAACACGACUGGCAGUGGCAAUGACAAAAGAAACAUGGCAAACAGCAUUGGCAAGCAGGACAACGAGCAAAACAUCGCAGAUGACAAUGGGAGUGAUAAUCGCUACGUGCAACAGCAACAACAACAAGAACAACAGGAGAUAAAAGAAGCAACAGAAGCAGAGCAAGAAGAGCAGCAUUUAGUGUCCUCGUCUACGUCGAGUGAAUUGCAACCAGACAUUAUACCAUAUCCGGCAAUGUUGCCGCCGCGCCGCAAUAAUCGACAACAACAACAAGAGGAGCAAAACCAAAAGAGGCCGGCAAAUGGUGACAAGAAAAACAAAAACAAAGGCAGUAGCAGCAACUGGCGUGGUGGCGAGCAGAGCAGCGCGGUCAGCAGUGACGGAGGUGACGGCAUGCGUACGAACAUCGAGCGUGACAACAAUAAAAACAACAACAACAAAAAGGGCGUAAAAAAUGUGGCUGUGUCGAAUGAAAAUAUUUUUAUUGCUGAUUUUGGUUUUUAUGGCCACGACAGCGACGAGGGCGACCAUAAUGGCGACGUUGAUCACAGCACAGGCGACGAUGAAAAGGCGAAAUAUUACGGAAGCAAUGAGCAGCAGCAGCAGCAGCAAAACGCACUUGAGGGGAAGCAAGGCGACCAGUUAGAACAGCAACACAGCCAAGUGGAGGAGUGGCAAGUUGAGAAAAAUUUGCAUUAUGGCUAUCGAGAGCAGCAGCUGGCAGCGCCGGUCUUUGGACGGGCUUGGCAACAAUAUUACACACAAGAUGAGCAACAAGAACAGCAACAAAAACAAAAACAGCAGCAAUAUAAAGAACAGAAACAUCAGCAGCACCAUCAUCACGACCAUCACACACAUCUUCAGCAUCAACAGCGAUAUCAGCACCAGCAUCAUCAAGACCACUACCACCACCACCACCAUCACCACCAGCAUCGUCAUCACCAGCAACAUCCACAUCCGCCACCGCCUCCGCCACAGCCAGAGCAUCACUUUGAGCUCGAACAACAGCAGGAGUCAGCAAUCACGCCGCACGCACUUCCUCAACGACGCACAUAGCAACGCAGACGUGCACCACAAACGCAUCGCCAACGCUGGCCGCCACAACGCAAAGGGCGAGGCAAGAGGAAAAAAGGCAACGGAGGAGCGAAACGACGGCGCAUCGACAGUGGUAAAAUGGCGCCGAGGGAAGCAACAGCAGACGCAAGUGCUGGUAAUGGGCACACAGGCGGGCACUUCAUAAAUAAAUAAAAGCGAAAAACUGAUAAACCGAAGCGACGCGACGCGACGCAAGAGCAACAAAAUUAUGCAAGCGGAAUGGCGCAAAUGGUAAAAGAAGUGGGAAAAUAAAACAGCAAAAGGGCGAAAAACGAAGGAUAAGCAAGGAUGUGUAGUGCUUGAGAGUUAACAGCAAACGGACAACUGACAACAGCGACGAAAGCAACAACAAACGCCGCAGUAAAAACAAAGCAGCAAGCGUGCAACAGUAAAUAGAAUCGAGAGCUUGCAGACAGACAAACGACCAACAAGCGCCGACAGCCAAGCAAACAAAGCAGUCGAGCAGUGAAGCAGAGCACUAACAGUAGUUGCAACUUUUGCAUAUCACAAAGCAAAUAAAUUUUUAAUUUCCAGUGGGGGCAAAAAAUGACAAGAGUGCGAAGUGAAAAAUGAAAUCGCAAAAAAAAACGCAAGCGUUGAUGGUCCACAACGAAAGGAAGUAACAACUUUCAGGAAACAAAAAAAAC